UCGUUGUAGCCUGUUGAAAUAUCGGCUUGAGACGGCAAAUUCUUGGGCUGGGUUCUCAUUAAAUUACCAGUUGCACUAAUUUCUGUUUUUGUUUGGGCCGAUGUUAAAUUCUGUAGUGCUUUUGCCGUUAUCUCUGAAUCUCGAAACAUGGAUCGAUUAGUGAUUUUUAUACGAUUGUUUUACUUAAUAGUAUUUUGUGUCUCGACGUCCCUGCAAGACAGAGAUUCCUGUACGAUUCCUCUGAUUUUGAGAGGAUCAUGGUUCUCAUGGGAAAAUGGGCAUAAUACGUUGACUGAACUAAAUGCAGAAUCCAUGACUAAUAGAGGAUAUUGCCUAGAUAUGAAAGAAGACUUCCAUGUCAAUUAUACGUUUGUAUUUCAAAGAGAUGUAUGCUAUCAUUGUGUGAAACUUAUUGUCAGGACUGUUAAUGUAUUGGAAAAACUGGAAAUGAGCUGUAUAAAUUUACCUCGUGGUAUGCCACCAACUGUUGAGAAUGUAUGUGCUGGGUUACGUCCAGAUCAGCAGUUAGUUACGUUAUUUUCCGAGAACUAUCAUCCAGUCAAUUGUAGAUCUUCUUUGGAAGGAGUAUGGCAGUUUGCUUACCAGAAUCGGUUUAGAUUUACUGGUGAAUGUGAUAAUCCAGAUGCGCAGAUACGUUCGUGUCAAACUGCAGGCACUCAGUUUCUUAUAACUAAUCAAAAGUUCAACAUUACAUACAAGAAAUGCUCUGGCAUGAAGGGAACUUUUGAUGGCUUGGUAGAGUACAGUUGUCUUGGUGAUUGGUUUGUUGACAAAAAUCAUUUCUUUGCGGUGGCAAAUACAAAGGAGUCUAGAAAAGAUGAAAAAUAUCGGUGCUUCUUAAAGAAUCGUGACGAUGAUUUAUAUAUCGGUGUAUCAAUUACUGCAGAAUGUAAUACAUUAAAGACAGUUGAGAAGAGUCCUGAGCGUUUGAGAGUGACGCCUGUAAAAGCUGAAGUAGUAGAGCCAGGCUGUCGUUUGCCACGAAAUAUGUCAGGGAAUUGGAUAAAUACUGCCAAUAUCGAUGCUGAUGUUUUUAUCAAUGAGACUCAUAUUAUUGAAACCUGGUAUCCAGAUGAAGGCCGUUACAGACGAACGAUUUAUGUAUGCCGCGAACAACGAGAUACGAGAGUAAUGAUGGCACGAUUAACAGUGGAUGGAUGUCAAAAGGAUUAUGUAUGUUUUGAUUUUGUACCUCAACAUCACAAUGUUAUAAGAUAUCGACGCGGAAUGGCUGUGAUCAAAGACGAUUUUUUUACAGUAUGUUCUUGGGUACAAUUUCCCAAUAAAGACAAUUGGAAGUACGAUCUAUUCCUUGCAAAACAUCCUGUACCUGUUAGGUGUCCAAUAGCAGGAAAAUAUAUGUUUAAGCAGAAAGGAGAUGUACUUUUUGAAACUAGAAUUUUAGGAGGGGUAACUCUUUCGCCUAGGCCCAAUGUUUAUUGUAAACAGAACAUUUCAGAUUUUUCUGUAUGCGACACAGAUCAAAAAGAAAUAGCAAUUGACGAGACAUAUUGUCUCUCGGUGGACUACCUGGGAAAACCAGUAGACAUCUACAGUUUGCCGGACUAUAAAAUGAAAUGUAUCGGCUUUUGGAAAGAAAAUCUGAAGUCCUACUUGAUUACUUAUGAUGAAUUGGACCCUUACAGUAAAUAUCGUUGUUGGGUAUAUCAGAGAGCAGAUUUAAACAGGGUACUGAUGUCUCAAGCAAUCGGACCGUUUUGUGACUUAAAACAAGAUGUCACAAGUAGCAAUUAUACGGAAGGAGCUGCUGUCGCAUUGGAAAUGGAGGAAUACGAACGUGAACGUGAUCAAUGUCCUAUGUACUUUGAUGAUGGCAGCAAUCCUUGGUUACAAAGUGAGAAUUUCAUCAAGAUAUUUCACUAUGGAAGUUACGGAAAUUCGAUUGAACCUCGUGCCUUAUCAACAGGUUUGAUCGUUGUCCUCUGUUUAUAUCUCGUGUAUCUUUAAACGCGAUUUUAAAUUUUACGAGUUAUCUCGUGUACGCGGCAGUUCAUUUUACUUGGAUGGUCUCGACGCCAAAAAAUUGUAUAGUCGAUCCAUUAAAAGCAUUGUUGUAUUAGUAGACACAGUGUUAGAAGGAACAGUCAGUCGCAAGAAAUAUUUGUCUCAAAAGGAUUUCACAGAGAAGCAAACUAUAUGCAUCUAUUUUUAUAUUUCAUUUAUUCAAUUAUACAUCUUUUAUUGUUAUACGUAUGAUUUAAAAUUAUAUUCAACGAUCAAAAUGUGUUGUAUUAUAAAGAUCUAUUUGGCAAUAUAUUUUAUAAAUAUAUUUCCUGUAGCUGCAAGGGAAUAUCAACAGUCCAGAAUUGAUUUUAUAGAAGCUUCUCUGGUUAUCCUUUAUUUGAUAUAUAAUACAGUAAAAGCUUAUGACUGUAUUGAUGAUAUACUAAGAAUUGUAGCACAUUCCGUCCACUUUAUUUAGAUAAGUACAAGUUUUUAUAUUUUUAUUACGAGUAUAUAGGAGAUGUAUAAGUUUUGGAACUACUAUUUUUUAUUAAGUUCAACAAAAAGUAGUUUAUAACUGUGACAUUCCAAGUGCGAACAUUUCCGAAGGAAUCUUGCUCUUGCUGUAGGACUUGCAUGAGAAUAGAAUUAUUUUGUACAUUGUAUACAAUAACAAUAAUUAAAAGACAGAGCGUACUUUGUAUUAUA